UUCGUCUUUCUUUCUCUAUAACUUCCUGUUCGCUGCAUCAUACCACUACAAAUAGAUUACCCUUUUCUUUUCAAGCACUUCUGCAUUAGGUAACCCAGAUUUGUCUGUUUAUUAUUUUCCUGGUUUCUGUUCGCCUCGAUUUAUAGCUAAACCUCAGGUUAUUCUUUUUCUGGAUCUAAUCUUAUAAUGGCAGCCCCUUCUAACACCGCUGGACAACCCAAAUAUUGCCAGCGAAAUUCUCUUGAGGGCCUGAAAAUUGUCCUUCCUGCACCUGCUACAACCAGUCAACAAGUGCAUCCCAGAAGAAGUGCUUUUGAUGGCCUAAUAAUCGUCCCACCUUCUCCUGCUGCUACCUCUGCUGAAUCAAAACCCUCACACCUGCCGUAUGAUGUCUUUAUAAAUCAUUGUGGAAAAGAUACUAAACAAAAGGUUGCCAAGAGUAUCUACAAUAAGUUAGAUGCUACUGGGCUCAGAGUUUUUUUGGACCAAGAUGAGCUUCAACUUGGAGAUUUUUUUCCUGAUACUUUACAAGAAGCAAUGGCUAGUGCUUCACAUCACAUAGCCAUUUUUUCUGAGAAUUAUGCACACUCUCCUUGGUGUUUGGCUGAGCUGGCAUUUAUAAUGAAACUACCCAACAUCAAAUUUAUCCCCAUUUUCUAUCAUGUUGAGCCGUUUACUGUAAGAUGGGUAAAAGGAAUUUACGCAGAUGCCUUCUCCGAGCAUGAAAAGAAGAGCAGCAGAUACAGCUCAGAAAAGGUUGAAAGCUGGAGGUUGGCACUCCAUAAAGCUUCAUUGUACACCGGGGAGAUAAUUAAUGAUCAAAGUGACGAGAAGGCGGCAGUGAUGAAUGUGGUGAAUCGUGUAUUGAAAGAACUGAAGAAGGAUCUGUUACAUGUUGCCAGGCAUGCCGUCGGGUUGGAUGAAUUGGAACAAGAUUUUCAUGACAAGAUUGCUCUUCAAUCUGCUGCUGCUGGGCCAGUACAAAUUGUGGGGAUAUGGGGAAUGGGUGGUGCGGGCAAAACCACCCUUGCAAAGCAACUCUAUAACAAGAAAAGCUUGACCUUUAAGAACUCAAGUUUUCUUUUCGAUGUUCGUGAAGCUGCAAGGAAAGAGCAAUUGCAUGAGAAGCAAAAAAUGCUUUUGAAGGACCUUGACCUUAAACGCAAAGAUUUUGAUUUUGACAAUGUAGACAAAGGCAAAGAGAUUCUGAAAAGCCGUUUGAAAUCUGCUACUGUGCUUAUCGUUCUAGAUGAUGUGGAUCAUAUACAUCAAUUAGAUGCUCUACUACCAGCAAGGAAGAGCCUUGGCAAGGGAACUCUGAUUAUUGUUACCACACGAGAGUUGAGUGUUCUGAAAGGGUGGGACAUCUCCGCUAUAUAUAAAAUCAGAACACUCAAUCCUGCUCAUGCCCAGCAGCUUUUUUGUUGGCAUGCAUUCGGACAACCCUCUCCAUUGUUGGGAUUCAAGGAAUUUGCUGAGAAGUUCAUAUAUGCUUGCAGUUGUCUGCCUUUAUCACUCGUGGUCUUAGGGAGUCAGCUCUAUGGGGAAUCUAGCAAGAAAUAUUGGCAGUCUCAAUUAAACAAAUUGUCCAUACUAGUGCCAGACGACAUCAAAUCGAGACUCAAAGUAAGCUAUGAUACUCUAGAUAAAGAAGAAAAAGAAAUGUUUUUGGAUGUAGCGUGUUUUUUCAUUGGAUGGAAAAGAAGUUCGGCCAUUGCAGUGUGGGACGGAUCACACUGGGAUGGUCUGCACGGUUUGCAAAGGCUUGUGAACAAGUGUAUUGUAGAACUAUAUGAGGAGAGAUCUACAAUUAGAAUUAGAAUGCAUGAACAUUUGAGAGAUUUGGGAAGAGAGAUCGCAAAUCAACAGUCACCCUAUCGUCUUUGGUCUAAACAGCAGAUUAUCGAGAUUCAGCCUCAACAGGAAGCAAUACGAAUCCGAGGAAUGGCAGACGCAUUUGGUGACAAUUGUUGUCCACGGGAAGGAAAGAUCAUAAUACACACAAGCCAAGGAGAGCGUAUCCUCGCGCCCGGCUCGCUUGGGUUGAAGAUUUUUAUUGGCAAUGGAGAUUUCAUUAAUGAGCAAUGUAGCGAAGUAUCAAGAGAACUGGUGUGCCUUAGCUAUGAUAGAUUUGAGCACAAAAAUCUUCCAUCGUGGCUUUUAUUAAAAGAAUUAAGAAUUUUAGAACUUAAUGAAGCUCCAAUAUUAGAAGAUCUAUGGGAACGUGAUGUGGAUCAGGCUCCUUUGCAAUUAAGAAUGUUGUUUAUCCGUGAAGGCUACGGAUUGAAAAAGGUACAAGGUUUAGAAAGCCUGAGAUCAUUGGAGACACUCGUAAUAAAGAAUUGUACAGAAUUGAACGUCCUUCCAAGUCUGGCAGAGGCAACUUCUCUAAAGGACUUUGAUUUGAGAGGCUGCAACAAAUUGGAGAAGAUAGAAAGUUUAGGAAGUCUGAGAUCAUUGGAGAGACUCAUAAUAUAUGACUGUACAGAAUUGAAGGCCCUUCCAAAUCUGGCAGAGGCAACUUCUCUAAAGAAGUUUGAUUUGAGGGACUGCAACAAAUUGGAGAAGAUAGAAGGUUUAGAAAGCCCGAGAUCAUUGGAGACGCUCACAAUAUAUGACUGUACAGAAUUGAACGCCCUUCCAAGUCUGGCAGAGGCAACUUCUCUAAAGAAGUUUGAUUUGAGGGACUGCAACAAAUUGGAGAAGAUAGAAAGUUUAGAAAGCCUGAGAUCAUUGGAGAGACUCACAAUAUGUGACUGUACAGAAUUGAAGGCCCUUCCAAGUCUGGCAGAGGCAACUUCUCUAAAGAGGUUUGUUUUGAGGGACUGCAACAAAUUGGAGAAGAUAGAAAGUUUAGAAAGCCUGAGAUCAUUGGAGACACUCACAAUAUAUGACUGUAUAGAAUUGAAGGCCCUUCCAAGUCUGGCAGAGGCAACUUCUCUAAAGGAGUUUGAUUUGAGAGACUGCAACAAAUUGGAGAAGAUAGAAAGUUUAGAAAGCCUGAGAUCAUUGGAGACACUCAUAAUAUAUGACUGUAUAGAAUUGAACGCCCUUCCAAGUCUGGCAGAGGCAACUUCUCUAAAGAAGUUUGAUUUGAGGGGCUGCAACAAAUUGAAGAAGAUAGAAAGUUUAGGAAGCCUCAGAUCAUUGGAGACACUCAGAAUAUAUGACUGUAUAGAAUUGAACGCCCUUCCAAGUCUUACAGAAUUAAUUUCCCUAAGAAAAUUUGUAGUGAUAAGGUGCCACAAAUUGGAAAAAAUUCAAGGUUUAGAAAGUCUGAAAUCAUUGGAGACGCUCUAUAUACAGAGUUGUCCCCUCAUUGAACACCUUCCAAGUCUUGCAAAAUUAAAAUCUCAAGAUUGAAGAAAUGCCACAAAUUGGAGUAGAUAGAAUGGUUUACAACGUUUGACAUAACUGAAGAAGUUGCAAGUACAUGCCCGAUCGAAUGCGCCGUGUAUAAUCUGCUUGGAUGAUGGUGAGAGAUUGAAUUCGCUUCCAGAUCAGUUGUUGAACAUUCUACAGUAACAUACAGAAAUGGCCGAGGGAAGUGAUAAUAUGCACGAGGGCAAUGAUUGAUGUGGGCAAAGAGCGGAGCAUUCUAGAGCCUUUCUGUCAGCUUUAUAGGGCCUCAAAAUAUUGAUCAGCACAAAGAUUUCAACUAAACAUUCAGUAGAAUAUAGUGUUUCAGAAUCAUGAAGAUUUCCUUACCGAUUUCAGAUCAUAGUGUUUCUCGGUAGCUUCUCAGCACUGAUGGAUGUUUGGUCUCUCACGUGGAUAAUAUGAGGGGAACUAUAGGGCGUGUUCAAUUGGACGGUAAACACGGGAGCUUGGUCAACUUACAAUCCCCUAUUCAAGCAAAAGGAUCUGCUGAAAUGUUGGAUGAUUUUAAGUGCAAGAAUCUAUCUUUGCAAAUGAGGACAUGUGGAAAUCAAUCUGGCAAUCAUGUGGAAAUGAAUAGGAAAUAAAUGGUCAUGGCAAAUUCUGUGUUUAUGGCUUGAAGACUUGGGAAGCCUUCAAUAUAUAUGGGAGGUGGAGGUGGGCAUUGAAAAUUCUUGGCAACAGUGGAGGUGGAGGUGGGCCUUCAAUAUAUAUGGGAGGAAGGGAGAGGAAUUUGUAUUGGCAACAGUGGAAGACAUAUUGGGGAGUACCAUCAGAGAAUGCUUGUGGAAUAGCUCUUCAGUUAUCUUUAUUAUGCUCAGUUUCUUUAUAAGGUUAAUUUUCCAAGUAUUAUUUAUUCUAUUUUUUAUUAUUUA